CGACUGGAUAUAAAAGUAAUGGGCUAGUCGAGCUAUCGAACUGUCAAACAGUUUUUUAUUUUUAUUUUUCUUUUUUUGACAGGUGAAAGUACUAUGAAUUUGUCAUGGAACUAGUGUUACAGCCAGAAUAUGUUGCACAAAACGGCUAUCAUUUUCUUGUUUUUUUAGUUGGCGCUCCAAAAAUAGAAUCCUCUAAAUAAGGGCGUUGGGCUUGUUUUUUAUUUUUAUAUCUUCUUUUUUUUUCUUUCUGACAAAUACAAAAAAAAUGUCUGAAUCUGUUAUUCUCGUUACUGGUGGUUCUGGUCUUGUUGGUGAGGCCGUGAAGUGGGUUAUUGAAAACGAAAGUAACCCUCGUUAUGGCAAGAAAGAAGGCGAGAAGUGGGUCUUCUUGUCUUCCAAAGAUGGUGACUUGAGAAAGGAAGCCGAUGUCAAGGCCAUCUUUGAAAAGUACAAGCCUACUCAUGUCAUUCAUUUGGCUGCGAUGGUUGGUGGUCUGUUCAAGAACAUGAAGUAUAAGCUCGACUUUUUACGUGAAAAUAUGAUGAUGAACGAGAACAUCUUGUGGCAAUCCAAGGAAUUCAAUGUUAAGAAGGUUGUUUCUUGUCUUUCUACCUGUAUUUUCCCUGACAAGACCACCUACCCUAUUGACGAAACCAUGGUUCAUGAUGGUCCUCCUCAUGAUUCUAACUUUGGCUAUGCUUAUGGUAAGCGUAUGAUUGAUGUUUAUAACCAUGCCUACAAUGAGCAAUUCGGUUGUCACUUCACCUCUGUUAUCCCCACCAACGUCUUUGGCCCCCAUGACAAUUAUGAACUCGAAGGUUCCCACGUUUUACCCGGUUUAACACACAAGUGUUACCUUGCAAAGAAAAACAACACUCCCUUUGUUGUUUGGGGUUCUGGUAAGCCUCUUCGUCAAUUCAUUUACUCUCGUGAUUUAGCCAAGCUCUUUAUUUGGGUCUUGAGAGAGUACGAAGAAAUUGAUCCCAUUAUUUUAUCUGUUGGUGAGGAGGACGAAGUUUCUAUCAAGGAUGUUGCUGACGGUAUUGUUAAGGCCAUGGAUUUCAAGGGAGAAUAUGCCUUUGAUUCUACCAAGGCCGACGGUCAAUACAAGAAGACUGCCAACAACCACAAAUUGAUGAAAUAUAUCCCUGAUUUUGAAUUCACUCCCUUUGAUGUUGCCAUCAAGGAAUCCGUAGAAUGGUUUGAACAAAACUAUGAUACUUUGCGCAAGUAGAUUACACGAACAAUAAUAAAUAAAUAAAAAAUAAAAAAAAAAGAAACAGUUGCAUUUUAUAUUACUGCAUGCAAUCAGCUUUACAGUUUUA